AUGUCGACUUCAAAUACUGAUGGUAAUGGGUCAAUUGAUACGCCCCCAAGAGCUCCUUCGCCUACACACAACUUUGGAACUCUAGCAGUUCAUGCUGGCAGUCCUCAUGACCCAACAACGGGCGCUGUCAUUGAAUCCAUCUCCCUUUCCACUACCUUUGCACAGACUGGUGUAGGCAAACCUGUUGGCCCGUAUGAGUACACAAGAAGCUCGAAUCCGAAUCGGGACAAUUUUGAGCAAGCUGUAGCAGCUCUUGAACAUGCCAAAUUCGCCCUAGCUUUCUCAUCUGGGUCCGCAACCACAGCCACAAUCUUACAGUCUCUCGCUCAAGGCUCUCAUGUUGUCUCGGUAUCAGAUGUCUACGGCGGGACGCACCGCUACUUCACUAAAGUCGCAAAGGCCCAUGGCGUUCAGGUUACCUUUUCUCCCAGCAUAGAGAUAGACGUGGCAGAGCUCAUUCGUCCAAACGAGACGAAGCUGAUAUGGAUCGAAUCGCCCAGCAACCCUACGCUGAGUCUGGUUGACAUACGAGCUGUUGCCACUAUAGCCCACCAGCACGGUAUCAUGGUCGUCGUGGACAAUACAUUCCUUAGCCCCUACAUACAAAACCCGCUAGACCAUGGCGCAGACAUUGUUAUACACUCAGUCACAAAAUACAUCAAUGGUCACUCGGACGUCCUCAUGGGCGCCGCAGCCUUCAAUUCGGAGGACAUCAAAGACCGGCUCACUUUUCUCCAGAACGCCAUUGGUGCUGUCCCCUCCGCUUUCGAUUGUUGGCUUGCUCACAGGGGCCUAAAAACGCUGCAUCUGCGCGCCCGCGAAGCAUCCCGCAAUGCCCAUUCAAUCGCGACGACCCUCGCCUCCUCCCCUCUUACCCUGCUAGUGAAUUAUCCUGGUUUGCCGUCACAUCCCCAUUAUGCUAUCGCACUAAAACAACACCGCGCUGGUCUCGGUGGUGGGAUGCUCUCCUUCCGUAUCAAGGGUGGUCCUGGAGCCGCGGAGAGGUUUUGCCAGAGCUGCAAUCUCUUCACGCUGGCGGAGAGCCUGGGGGGUGUCGAGAGCUUAUGCGAAGUGCCGUCCAGUAUGACGCAUGCUGGAAUACCGAGGGAGCAAAGGGAGGCGGCCGGCGUGUUCGACGACCUGGUACGGGUGAGCUGUGGUAUAGAGGAUGGUGAGGACUUGAAGAAAGAUGUACUGCAGGCUCUUGAGAGGGCAGUGGUGUGGCCGAAGGUCAAUGGCAAGUUGGCGUUAAACGGGCAUACCUGA